AUAAAUAAAUAAGGAAGACAGAGGCGGGGGAGCAGAGGCAGGGAAAGGAGAGAAGUGAAGCAAGCAAUCAAGCAACUAGGGAGGUGAAGCCGUGAAGGUAUCCAGGCUCCAACAUAUUUUGCUCUCCAGACUCCAGGACGGGAGAGCGCAGCCUACUGAAGAGGGAUCUCGCAUUCACACCACAGGCAAUCAGCUAGCUUACCUGAGAAUCGAACAACAUGACCACGCCUCUGCAGCAUCAACUGUUGUUGCUUAUCAUCCUCGUAUUCACCUGUGCUUCUGCCCCCCAGGCAACCAAAGCUGCAAAGUCAAUCCCAGAUCCCCAGCUCACAAUUGAGGAGGGUGACAGUUCGAGAAUCAUCCAGGACGACAUCAUAAAGACAAUAAACAAGCAUCCCAAUGCUGGCUGGACUGCUGCACAGAAUCCAUACUUUGCAAACUACACUGUUGCGCAAUUUAAACAUAUCCUUGGAGUGAAGGCAACACCUCAUAGCGUGUUAAGCAAUGUUCUUGCCAAAACUUAUUCAAGAUCACUGAUGCUUCCAAAGGAGUUUGAUGCCAGGUCUGCAUGGUCACACUGUAGCACAAUUGGGACAAUUCUUGAUCAGGGUCACUGUGGCUCGUGUUGGGCGUUUGGUGCUGUGGAGUGUCUCCAGGAUCGUUUCUGCAUUCAUUUCAACAUGAACAUUUCGCUUUCUGUCAAUGACCUACUGUCAUGCUGUGGUUUUAUGUGUGGUGAUGGUUGUGAUGGAGGCUACCCUAUCAUGGCAUGGCGCUACUUUGUUCAAAAUGGUGUUGUUACCGAUGAGUGUGAUCCGUACUUUGAUCAGGUUGGUUGCAAACACCCAGGAUGUGAACCUGCUUAUGCUACGCCUGUGUGUGAGAAGAAAUGCAAGGUGCAGAACCAAGUUUGGCUGGAAAAGAAGCAUUUCAGUGUCAAUGCAUACAGGGUAAACUCUGAUCCACAUGACAUCAUGGCAGAGAUCUUCCAAAAUGGCCCUGUAGAAGUUGCUUUCACCGUUUAUGAGGAUUUCGCACACUACAAAUCAGGAGUAUACAAGCACAUCACAGGUGGCGUGAUGGGUGGUCAUGCUGUCAAGUUGAUUGGAUGGGGAACUACUGAUGCUGGCGAGGAUUACUGGCUGCUUGCAAACCAGUGGAACAGAGGAUGGGGAGAUGAUGGGUACUUCAAGAUCAUAAGGGGCAAAAACGAAUGUGGCAUCGAAGAAGAUGUUGUUGCUGGUAUGCCCUCGACGAAGAACAUGGUCAGGAACUAUGGUAGCGCCUUCGGAACGGCCAUAGUUUGAUCGAUGUUUUUGGCCUCAGAUACGGUUGGAAACAUGUAAAUUGUCCUGGGUGGUUUGUGGCUUUUGCACAUGGGCAGGCCUCUCGAGACUGAUAGAAGUUAGGUUACUUGUCCAGAAACAUAUUGGACUAAUAUCUGAA